AUGGACAAGACGCCUCAUGCAGUGUGUGUACCAUUUCCUGUACAAGGUCAUGUAAUACCAUUCAUGAAAUUAGACAAAAUUUUGCACUCAAGAGGUUUCUAUGUAACAUUUGUCAACACUGAAUAUAACCAUAGACGUCUAAUCCAAUCCCAAGGCCCUGACUUUGAGAAAAGCUUCCAGGAUUUCAAAUUUGAAACUAUCCCGGAAGGAUUUCCACCAUCAGAUCACCAUGCAACUCAAGAUCCUGUUUUGUUAUGUGACUCGAUAAGGAAGAACUGCUUGUCUCCUUUUCGGGAUUUACUAUCAAAGCUUAUUUCAUCACCGUUCAUUCCACCAAUUUCUUGUAUAAUAUCAGAUGGGAUGAUGAGCUUUGCCAUUAAGGCAGCACAAGAAUUUGGCAUCCUUGAUGUCCAAUUUUGGACAGCCUCAGCUUGUGGUUAUAUGGGAUACCUUCAAUUUGAUGAACUAAGAAGAAGAGGGAUUGUCCCGUUUAAAGGCCCUAACUUUGUGAAAGGCUUCCAAGAUUUCCAAUUUGAGACUAUCCCGGAAGGAUUGCCACCAUCAGAUCGUGAUGUAACUCAAGAUCCUGCUUCCUUAUGUGACUCGAUAAGGAAGAACUGCUUGACUCAUUUUUGGGAUUUACUAUCAAAGCUUAUUUCAUCACCGGUCAUUUCACCAAUUUCUUGUAUAAUAUCAGAUGGGAUGAUGAGCUUUGCCAUUAAGGCUGCACAAGAAUUUGGCAUCCUUGAUGUCCAAUUUUGGACAGCCUCAGCUUGUGGUUAUAUGGGAUACCUUCAAUAUGAUGAACUAAGAAGAAGAGAGAUUAUCCCGUUUAAAGGUCCAGCUCUGAAAUUCUGCGAACUCUAUCCAGUGUACUCACUUUUAUUUCUGGGUACAGGUGCACUAGCAGAUGAUGGAACAGGUCCCCUUUGCCUUUGUUGA